CGAAUAACAAAACUGUGAAGAAUAGUAAACGAAGGUUUAUCAGAUUUCACGACAGUUGCAGAGAAUCGAGAAGAAGAAAACCUACAAGAUCGAAGCUGUGGUUCGCAUGGGACUGCAGUUUUUGGCAUUGUACCCGAGGAAUGUCAAGAGAAUGAGCAGCGUGAGCUCGAUUUCGACGACCUAAUUCAACAGACAGCGGAGCAACGUCGGCACGACCAUGCGUGGUCGGCGUUGGUGCGGCCAGAAUGUUUGAACUCUGAAGAAUGGUGAAUAGAAAUUGAGGAUUCUGUGGAGCAAGGGGGAUACAUUGAAGAUGAUUGUUUCUUGCCGGAGAGGAGGAGAAUAGCUGAAAUUAGGGUGGGAUUAUUGGUUCCGGAGAGUCGAGGGCGACGAACGGAGCGUUUGGGCACAAGGUGAUGUUGAAGAAAUUUCGGUUGUGAGUGGCAAAUUUAGCUGAUGGGGAUUUGAAUUUUACUACUCUAGCAAUUUGGGGAACGUUCAUGCAUAGGCAAAUAUUGGAGUAAAGCUUGGAAGGCUAUCGACAGUUUCAGUAUUUAUUUAUCUUUAUAAAAUCUUUCAACAGUAAUAUUAGCCUAUGCGUUAAUUUUCCAAUUUAAUUUCUGUUUCCUAUUAGAAACACCUUUACCAGAAACUACAUCAAGUUUGAGCUCUGAAACCGAAGAUUUGGAUGGUGAUAUCAUUAGUAGCUCUGCAACUGUAGGGAUGAAGUUAUCAAACCUGGAUGACAAGGUGCAUAACCAUGUCACCGGAGAUUCCGAGCAGGAUAAGGAGAUUGUACGGGAAAUAACGGACUCUUUUAUGAAAACAUGCGAGAAAGAACUUCAGAAAAGUGGGUCAAAAAAUCAUAAGGAAAAUAAAGAGGCCUUAAACAUGGAGCCUGAGAUUGAGACUGGUCAGGUUCAAGAUAAUAGAUCAAGUACAGGGACUGAUGCUAACGAUAUUAUGACAGAAGAAGUUAGUUGUAAACCACCUCAGAAGCCCUCGGUAGAGUUAGAUGAUGAAGAUGCUAUUUGUACGCGCACAAGGGCUCGCUAUUCACUUGCUAAUUUCACACUUGAUGAACUGGAAAAUUUUCUACAAGAAACUGAUGAUGAGGAUGACCUUCAAAACGUUGACGAUGAAGAAGAGUAUAGGAAAUUUCUUGUUGCAGUGUUGCAGGAUGGAGAUGGUGGUAGCAAAAGUCAAGGAAAUGCGACUGUCGAAGAUGAGGAUGAGGAUAAUGAUGCUGACUUUGAGAUUGAACUUGAAGAGGCACUUGAGAGUGAUGUUGAUGAAAUUACAAGGGAUUUAACCCAAAAGGAGAAUAACAGAGCUGUAAGACGACCAGAAACCAGACAGAACAAGCGCUUAAAAGCCUCUGUUCAAAAUGGCAAAAGACAUUUAGGACUGGCAAAGCGGCCCUUGCGGCCACUCUUGCCAAUUUUGCCAAAUGAACCUAUAACUUCUUUUUCCAGUCACGAUGGAAAAACCAUGGCAACUUGGAACGCUCAUACUUGUCGGUCUUCUGUGAAUAAAGAUAACUUAAUAAAUGGUUUCACGCCAAACCAAAUAGGCCAGUUAUACUAUUUGAUUCAUGAGCAUGUUCAACUUCUCAUUCAAGUAUUUUCCAUAUGUAUAUGUGAUUCUUCUCGACAACAUAUAGCCUCCCAGGUACAUGGUUUAAUCUCGGAGAUGCUUCACAAUCGCAAUGAAGUAUUGGCAUGGAAAAAGAAUCCAUUUCCUAGCAUUUGCUUUGACUUUCCAAGUGUUUAUUCGUCAAUUCCAGAUGAAGUACCCAAUAGUUUCCCGGUGCAAAGAACAUUGCUAUCAAAUAAUUUUUGCAAUGGACAUGUGGUGUGCUCUGCUCAACAAACCUAUCAAAGGGUCGGAUCACAAACAAGUGAUAAAGGGCGUGAUUCUGUUUCUAGUAGACAGGUGAUUGAAGGCUCAAGUUGGGCACCAUUUGUAAGUGGGCCAGUACUAUCUACACUGGAUGUAGCUCCUCUACACUUAUCUGGAAGCUAUUUGGAUAAUGUUUAUAAUGUUAUUCAAGAAUAUAGAAGACGUCGUUUGGAAUCAACAUCAGAUACACCCUUAGAAAGAGAACCCCUUUUCCCCCUCCCAAGUCUUCAUGCAUUUCCUGGAGUUAAUUGUGAAGUUUUACCUGAAAACAUUUCCUCAUCUGUCAACACAAAAGCACUUUCUCCCAGUCAACAGCCACCUAAGAAGACAUUGGCAGCCACACUCGUUGAAAGCACCAAGAAGCAGUCUGUUGCCAUGGUUCUAAAGGAAAUUGCAAAGUUGGCCCAGCAGUUCUUUCCUUUAUUCAACCCAGCAUUAUUUCCUCAUAAGCCACCCCCUGCCGCUGUGGUAAAUCGGGUUCUUUUUACUGAUGCAGAGGAUGAGUUAUUAGCCCUAGGAUUGAUGGAAUAUAAUACAGAUUGGAAAGCUAUUCAACAGCGAUUCCUUCCUUGCAAGUCUAGGCAUCAGAUUUUUGUUAGGCAGAAAAAUCGAUGCUCAUCAAAAGCACCAGAAAAUCCAAUCAAGGCAGUUCGGAGGAUGAAGACAUCACCUUUGACUGUGGAAGAGAUAACACGCAUUCAGGAGGGACUUAAAAUUUACAAAUCUGACUGGAUGUCUGUAUGGCAAUAUGUUGUCCCCUAUAGGGAUCCCUCAUUACUACCGCGGCAAUGGCGCAUUGCCCUUGGGAUUCAGAAGUCUUAUAAACAAGAUCCAGAAAAAAAAGAGAAGCGUCGUUUGUACGAAUCAACACGAAGAAAGCUGAAGGCUGCAAAUCUUGAUUCUGAAUCUGAAAAUACUGGCAGGAUAAAUAAUAGCAGAUGUGGGAACGUGGAUAAUGAUGGUACUCCUUUUGUAAAUGAGGCUUUCGUUGCAGAUUGGAGACCAGGUACAUCCAGUGGACUUUCUUGCUCAAACCUCACUGACGGUAACCUUCCUUCUGAUAUAUUACCACAAAAGGAUAUCCAGAGCAGAGAACAAAGUAACAAAUCUGAAUCCGGAGACAUGCAAAUCCAGAAAAAAAAUGUUCAUUGGUUUUCUUCUGGAUCAAAGUAUUCAGAGCCUCCAUCAUCUAUUUCAACCACAACUAGACAUGUAACAUCCAAUACUAAUGCACAGAAUCUCGGAGUUUCAGAUGUAAAAGCAAAUGCUUCAAAUUCCCCAAUCUACUCUAGGAAUUACCGCGCUCGUAAAUGUAAUAGUUCACAUCUGGUCAAACUAGCUCCAGACCUUCCGCCUGUAAAUCUUCCUCCAUCAGUUCGUGUAGUUCCCCAGUCAUUUUUCAAAGGAUCCAUGUUUGGAGCACCAGGAAAGGCUUUUGUGGCCAAAAGUAGUAAUGAUAAAGAAAUUUCUCAAGUGGCUGAUACAGUCAGUGGCAGGCUGAACAAAAGCAAUCCAUUAAAUGACACAAACAAUAGCAUCCCGUUGAUGGAAGAUGCUUAUAAAUUAAACGUGGAAGAAUGCAGAGCUAACAAUGAUAAAUCAACUGAGGGAGAAAGAGGCACUGAUUCUGAUCUUCAUAUGCAUCCUUUACUAUUCCGGGCCUCUGAUGAUGGAUCUGUGCCUUAUUACCCCUUAAAUUGUAGCUCUGGUUCAUCUGAUUCUUUCAGUUUCUUCUCAGGAAACCAGCCUCAGUUGAAUCUCAGUCUAUUUUAUAAUCCACAGCCAGAAUACCAUAUAGGUUUUGAAAAAUUAUUGAAGUCAAAGAAAUUCACUUCUUCAUCACGUGGCAUUGACUUCCAUCCUCUCCUGCAAAGAACUGAUGAUAUAAACCAGAAUCAACCUUCGGUUAGUAACGGAAAGUUUACUAGGGGUACUGAACCCACCAAGCAUGGUGAUAAGACCUAUGGUUUGGAUUUAGAGAUGCAUCUUAGUUCAACAUCCAACAAAGAGACCGUUCCAGGGAAUAGAGUAUUCACUGCACAUGAUCAGUUGAAAUCAACAGCAGCUGCUCGAAAUUCAGAAGCAUUAGAGAACCUACACAAUAGUCACUUGCAUGUUGAAACAUGUCAAAGAACCAAUGAUAAGGGCAGUCUUGUUUCUGAUGCUCAUCCCCUGGUUCUACUGUCUGUGGACAAUAGCAGUGAUGAUGUGGAUGAACAUUCUCAUCCAGGUAUCAUAAUGGAACAGGAAGAAUUAAGUGACACCGAUGAAGAAGUUGAAGAAAAUGUAGAGUUUGAGUGUGAGGAGAUGGCUGACUCUGAAGGAGAGGAUGGAUCUGACUGUGAACCGAGUACUGAUUUGCAACAUAAGAGGGAUAUUCAAAGUGCAGGCUAAGUUUGUACGGAGUGGUGGAGAAAAUUUUCAUUUCCAUUGCAGAGAACUCAUGAUCAGAAUCAUAACCGAGUUGGUUUGCCAUUUCUCUCGGAGUUGCUUUAUAUGACUCUGCUAAGCAUUUGUUUGAGAAAUUCGAUGCAAUUUGGAGACCUGAAAGUAAUUUACAAUGUUGUUCACUCCUGGAGAUCAGUUUCCAAUUUUGAAGAUACGAAGAAGCUGAAAUAUGCUACACGUGGAGCUAAUUAAGUAGAGGUCCUUGGCACUUUCCCACAGCCACCAGUGAUAUGCUUGGGAAGUACACAAUACAAAGGACUCAAAACUUGUCAAUGGAAGAAGAUUAAACAGAUACUACACCUCGUGAUGAUGCAAGUAACAGGUAAUGGUCCAGUUUAGAUUCAAAUACGCCAGUGACCAGAUUGUUCUUUACAUUCAAAUCUCGGUCGGACUUACAAGUCAGUACCACCACACCAUUCGAAAUGCAGCUUCUUCCCACCCCAUCGAUCCUGCAAGAAAGUAAACCCAGGGACAUUCGCUCUCGAGAGAUCCUUUGAAUCAACCAGGGGAUGAAUCCAACCUCACCAUCGGAUCGAUAGGAGAACGUAACCAAGACGAGGAACAAGGGUAUAUCAGAUCACUCCCAUAACCAAAUUCCUAUAAAAUAUGAAGGUUAAAGAAUCAUACAAUGUUUUGUAUGCUUAAUUUGUCUUCAUUGUUUCCAGUCUUUGAUGAUCCAUAAAUGUUUGAGAUAAAGUUGCUGAGAGCCCUAUUUUCUUCCCUUCCCCCCUUCCUUUUGUCAAUAUUUUUGAAAUUAUAUUACUUUUGACAUUUUUAAAAAGUGCGUUAAAAACUACAAAAAAUCUUGAUAGGUUUUCUGGGCCCACCAAAUUGAAACAAAAUAUUUUUGAA